AUGGCAGGAAAAGAGGAUGGCGUCUCCUUGGCCGGCUCGGUUGCCGGGGACAAGUCCGACACCCUCGGCUCUGCUGCCUCGGGCAAGAAGAGGGGUGGUGGACAGAAGAAGCAGAUACAAGCCAACAAAUCUGCUCUCCGAGCCCCUCGAGCUCUCUGCUGCCUCACCCUCAGUAACCCCAUUCGCAUGGCUGCCUUAGCCCUUGUUGAAUGGAAAUAUCCUUCAAUGAUGAUACCUUUUGAUAUCUUCAUUCUACUUGCUAUAUUUGCCAACUGUGUGGCCCUGGGUGUAUCUAAACCCUUCCCUGAGGAGGACUCCAAUUCCACCAACCACAACCUGGAACAAGUAGAGUAUGUCUUCCUGGUCAUCUUCACCAUUGAAACCUUCACUAAGAUCCUGGCCUAUGGCUUGGUCAUGCACCCUAGCGCCUACAUCCGCAGUGGCUGGAAUUUGCUUGAUUUUGUCAUCGUUGUCGUCGGGUUGUUCAGUGUGGUUGCUGAGGGGACGGCCGACCACAAGCCUGGAGAGGCCCACCACGCAGCAGGCAAACCAGGAGGACUGGAUGUCAAAGCGCUCAGAGCCUUCAGGGUGCUGCGACCCCUUAGGCUGGUGUCUGGCGUACCCAGUCUCCAGAUUGUCUUGAAUUCCAUCAUGAAGGCCAUGGUUCCCCUACUCCACAUUGGUCUGCUGGUCAUGUUUGUCAUCAUCAUCUAUGCCAUCAUCGGCCUGGAGCUCUUCCUCGGCAGGAUGCACAAGACCUGUUUCUACUUGGGCACAGAACUGAACGUGGAUGAUGACCCCACACCGUGUGCGUUUGCUGGGAAUGGGCGCAAUUGUGUGGGCAAUGGGACAGAGUGCAGAGGACCGUGGGAGGGGCCUAAUGGCGGGAUCACCAACUUUGACAACAUAUUCUUUGCCAUGUUGACUGUGUUCCAGUGUAUCACCAUGGAGGGCUGGACCGAUGUGCUCUACUGGAUGAAUGAUGCAAUUGGCUUUGAAAUACCCUGGGUGUACUUUGUCUCUCUGGUCAUAUUUGGCUCGUUUUUCGUUCUCAACCUUGUAUUGGGAGUGUUGAGCGGAGAGUUCUCCAAGGAACGAGAGAAGGCCGUGGCUCGUGGAGAGCUGCAGGACGCCCAGAAUAAGAAGCAGAUGGAGGAGGAUAUGUGUGGCUACAUGGACUGGCUCAUCGAGGCCGAGGAUGUGGAUGAGGAAGGAAACAAACGUAUGCCGGUUUUUGACCCUUCCGCUCCUCAUAUAACUUGUCUCCUGUCUCUCACUUCACUCAGUGAACAGCUAUGCCAACUGAACCACGCCUUUCGGAAGAACUGUCGUGUAGCAGUCAAAUCCCAGAACUUCUAUUGGCUGGUGCUUCUUCUGGUGUUUCUCAACACUGCAGCCAGUGCCUCUGAACACUACGGCCAGCCCAAGUGGCUCACUGAGAUGCAGGAGCGGGCCAAUAAGAUCCUGUUGAUGUUGUUCACGCUGGAGAUGCUGUUAAAGAUGUACAGUUUCGGUUUCCAGAUUCACUUCAUGGCUCUGUUUAACCGCUUCGACUGCUUCGUGGUGUGUGGUGGCAUCCUGGAGACGGUCCUGGUUGAGUUGCAGAUCAUCCCUCCCAUCGGCAUCUCCGUGCUGCGCUGCGUCCGCCUGCUCAGGGUGUUCAAAGUGACACGGCACUGGGCAGCCCUAUCAAACCUGGUCAAUUCCCUGCUCAACUCCAUGAAGGCUAUCUGCUCCCUGCUGCUCCUGCUUUUCCUCUUCCUCAUCAUCUUCUCCCUGCUGGGGAUGCAGCUGUUUGGGGGCAAGUUCAACUUUGAUGAGACUCAGAUGAAGAGAAGCACGUUCGACACUUUCCCCCAGGCCCUGCUCACCUGCUUCCAGAUCCUUACAGGAGAGGACUGGAAUGCUGUGAUGUAUGAUGGGAUCAUGGCUUAUGGCGGGCCAGUCUUCCCACAGAUGAUUGUGUGUGUCUACUUCGUCUCCCUCUUUGUUGUAGGCAACUAUAUCCUGCUCAAUGUCUUCUUGGCUAUCGCUGUGGACAACUUGGCAGGUGGCGAUGGUGGAAAAAAGCAAGUAGAAGAGAAAAAGGAUGAUGAAGAGGACUGGGAUGAAGAUGAAGACAAAGAGGAAGAUGCGGCGAAUGAGAUGGAUGACUGGGAGGAGAAUGAGGAGUUGAGAGCCAUCGAGGGUCUGGAGGGAAUCAUGCCUGUGAAGCCUGAAUCCGCUCCAAAAGAGAAGAUUGAACCCAUUCCAGAUGGGAGCUCCUUCUUCAUUCUUGGAAAGAGAAACUGCCUUCGAGUGGCCUGUCAUAAUCUCAUCCACCACUCCUACUUCACCAACCUCAUCCUUGUCUUCAUCAUCGCCAGUAGUAUUUCUCUGGCCGCUGAGGAUCCAAUCAGAGCUCACUCCUUUAGGAACAACAUGCUUGGCUACGCUGAUUAUGCAUUCACCUCCAUAUUCACUGUGGAAAUCAUACUGAAGGUGACGGUUUUUGGUGCGUUCCUUCAUCCUGGUUCCUUCUGUAGGAAUGCCUUCAACCUCCUGGAUCUGCUGGUUGUCAGUGUGUCUCUCGCGUCCUUCUUCCUCCAUUCCAGCGCUAUCUCUGUGGUCAAGAUUUUCAGGGUACUCAAAGUGCUCAGGCCUCUUCGAGCUAUCAACAGAGCCAAGGGACUCAAGAAUGUAGUGCAGUGCGUGUUUGUGGCAAUCAAAACCAUCGGAAACAUCUUGAUCGUCACAACACUCCUCCAGUUCAUGUUUGCUUGUAUUGGAGUGCAGCUCUUCAAGGGAAGAUUCUACAGUUGCACCGAUGAAGCUAAACACACUCCAUAUGAGUGCAUGGGGACGUUUGUGGUGUAUAAGGAUGGGGAUAUGAAUCACCCUAUGGUGAGAGAGAGGAAAUGGCAAAACAGUGAAUUCAACUUUGACAAUGUGCUGCAGGGCAUGCUGGCCCUGUUCACUGUGUCUACAUUUGAAGGCUGGCCACAGCUGCUGUACAAGGCCAUCGACGCCAAUGCUGCGAACCACGGCCCUAUUUACAACUACCGCGUGGAAAUCUCCAUAUUCUUCAUCAUCUACAUCAUCAUCAUCGCCUUCUUCAUGAUGAACAUCUUCGUGGGCUUCGUCAUCAUCACGUUCCGUGAACAGGGAGAAUCUGAGUUCAAAAACUGCGAACUGAACAAAAAUCAAAGACAGUGUGUACAGUACGCUCUGAAAGCCAAGCCCAUCAAGAUCUACAUUCCCAGAAACCCGUCCCAGCUGAAGUUCUGGAAGAUCAUCGCCUCCAGCCAGUUUGAGUACAUCAUGUUUGUCUUAAUUCUUCUCAACACCCUCACCUUGGCUGUGCAGCAUUAUGAGCAGUCUAAAACAUUCAACUCUGUGAUGGACAUGCUCAACUUGAUCUUCACAGCACUAUUUACCAUAGAGAUGGUCAUCAAGCUACUGGCUCUCAGAACACAUCAAUAUUUCAUUGAUGCCUGGAACUCCUUUGACGCUCUGAUCGUUGUGGGCAGUGUGCUAGACAUCGUGGUCUCAGAGCUGAGUGCAAUCGAGGCCGCAGCCCAAGCUGCAGCUGUAGCCGUACCCGGAGCUCCACCCGGGGCCAAGAAGGAAAGCGGAAAAGUGUCCAUCACAUUCUUUCGUUUGUUCCGAGUCUUGCGAUUGGUCAAGCUGCUCAGCAAAGGGGAGGGCAUUCGAACCCUCCUCUGGACUUUUGUCAAGUCCCUCCAGGCCUUGCCAUAUGUCGGUCUACUUAUUGCGAUGAUUUUCUUCAUCUACGCUGUGAUCGGCAUGCAGACAUUUGGAAAGAUUGCUAUAGAUGACAACUCACAUAUCAACAGGAACAACAACUUCCAGACCUUCUUCAUGUCUGUCCUGCUGCUCUUCAGGUGUGCCACCGGAGAGCAGUGGCAGGAGAUCAUGUUGGCAGCGUUGCCAGGGAGACCCUGUGACCCUGAGUCAGACUUUGAGCCCGGGGAUGACAACAUGUGCGGCAGCAACCUGGCUUACAUCUACUUCAUCAGCUUCUUCAUGCUCUGCGCUUUCCUGAUCAUUAACUUGUUCAUUGCUGUCAUCAUGGACAACUUUGAGUACCUGACCAGAGAUUGGACUGUACUGGGAACUCAUCACCUGGACGAGUUCAAACGAGUCUGGUCGGAUUAUGACCCAGAGGCGACGGGUCGAAUCAAACAUAUCGAUGUGGUCACUAUGCUGCGCAGGAUCCAGCCACCCCUUGGUUUUGGCAAACUGUGCCCCCAUCGUGUGGCCUGUAAGAGGCUGGUUGCUAUGAACGUGCCGCUGCACAGCGACGGGACAGUCACCUUCAAUGCCACCCUGUUUGCACUGGUCAGAACCUCACUCAAGAUCAAGACCGAGGGGCCUGUUGACCAGGACAACGAGGAGCUCAGGGCCAUCAUUAAGAAGAUAUGGAAGCGCACUAAGCCCAAGCUCCUUGAAGAGGUCAUUCCACCCCCUAGAGGGGAAGAGGUGACUUGUGGGAAGUUCUAUGCCAGCUUCCUGAUCCAGGACUACUUCAAAAAGUUCCGCAAGAGGAAGGAGCGGGAGAGGAAGAAGAAGGGAAAGGACAAGAAAGACUCACUCCAGGCAGGGCUCAGGUCACUGCAGGCACUGGCCCCAGAGUUGCAUCUGGCCUUGGCAAUGGAGGGAGAGGAUGAGGAGGGUGUGGAGGGAGAGUUGGAUGAAGAGUUCUUCAAGAAUGACAACGUUUUCGAAGAUCCUGGCACCUCUGCCACAAGUACUCCAUCCACCACUCACAUGCCAGCUGACAUAGAGGAGGGCACCACCACUAUCUUCAUGGAGCCCUUCGUCGAGCCCACAAUAUCCAGCAAUGUGGUCACAGAACAGCCAUUGUCAGUCAGCGAGAAACCAGAAUCAGCUCUCUCAUCCUUUGAUGUAGUGAUGGAACAGCCCACGAGAUCUGAGGCCAUCCCUCCACCAGAAGACACACCAUCCCCGCCCCAACCAGCCCCAGCCGCAUCACCACCAAAAGAUCCAUCCCCUCCCCAACCAGCACCAGCCGCAAACCCACCAAAUGCCCCAUCCCAGCCCCAACCAGCCCCAGUUGCAUCCUCACCAAAUGUUGCUUCUCCACCACAGGUGGUUACUCAAUCCCCACCUCAAAUAGUGUUAGCCCCACCAGAACCAGAGGCACCUCAAAUAGUUUUAGAGGCAGCCCCUGCCCCACCUCAACCAGAGCCAUUGAUGGAGGGAAGAGGAGGUGAAACGUCCACUACACAGCAGGUGUACUACCCACAGUACCCAGUGGGCAUGCCAACAAACAACGGGCAUGUGUAUCAAGAGCAACCUGUAGCAUCCCCUAUCCCGUCAGAGUACAUGCAGAGUCCUACUCCUAACUUCACCAAUGGGAGAGCUGCAGGAGUGCCCUACGCCAAUGGAAACGGCAUGAAUGGGAACAUCUACAAUGGCGGUACGAAUGGAGGUAGUGUGAAUGGAGAUAGCAUCACCGGAAGUAGCAUGAGUGGCUACACUGGCAACGGUUACAACGGAAAUGGAUACAAUGGAAACGGCUACAAUGGAAACGGUAACGGAUUGGAGCAGUAUGUCCGGAGACGUGUUCUUCCUCCCACUCCUGCAGGUCGCAAGCCGCCCUCCUUUAACAUCCAGUGUCUGAGGGCACAGCAUAGCGCGGAUGACAUCCCCAUCCCUGGCACGUACGAGAGUAACUCGCCCCCAUGCAGAUCCAGACUGACCCUUGACUCCCGCCGCAGCAGUGCCUCCUCCAUGUCCUCUGCCUCCUGGGCCAACAACGGAGGAGGACAUGCAGGGUUGACGCCAGGAGCAGGGGUGUCGGCAGCAUCAGCAGCAGCAGCGAAGAGAGGGCGUCUGCUCUACGCCCCUCUGAUGCUGGUGGAUGAAGCCAGGGGCACCAAGCAGGUGUGGGGAGACAGGACCCAGGCCACCUCCAGCCUCCCUGCUAUUGCAACCAGGCCCAGUGGCUGGUACCCUGGAGCCCCAACACUCCCUGUGCCCACCCCCCAGAACAGGAGCUACACCAAUGGCAGGGUGCCCUCCCAGAUCAGCCAGAGCCUCAUAGAGAAGGGCAGUGCAGACAGCCUGGUGGAGUCGAUCCUGAUAUCGGAAGGCUUGGGCCUCUAUGCAAGAGACCCAAAGUUUGUGAACUUCGCCAAGCGGGAGAUCGCGGACGCAUGUAACAUGACCAUUGAUGAGAUGGAGAACGCAGCCACAGACCUGCUGACCCGUUCGGCGGGCCAGCCAAUAGGACGCUUCGAGGAGGAGCUGGCUGACGAGAUGAACUGUGUGAUUUCCUACUGAGACUAGAGA